ACACAAACCCGCUAUGUGAAUGCGCGCCUCCAUGUUUGGAAACUGACGUUUAUUUUAUUUACAGUGGCACACAUUGCACUGAAAUACCUUGAAGCUUUGCUUCAUUGUGUGUGCAAUAAGCAAAUCAAGAUGGAAAAGAAGUGGGGCAGCAACAGAAGUGUAGAUUUGAAGAGAAUGUGCCCUCAGCAAAAGGCUCGAUACCUAGCUUAUGCUGAGCCCUCUAAAGAGAUACAAGCCUGGAUGGCAGCUUGUCACAAACGCAUCCACUCUAGACUUGCUCACGAGAGAGAGAAAGCAUGGCGGAAAAAUCCUCUUCAAGACCUGGAUUCAAAAUUGCACCAGGACACACUUAUUGGCCAAUUAAAAGCAGCCGAAGCAAGGAAUAGGAUUCGACAGAUGACGCUACACUGUCAUAACUUGAAGAUGCAGGAAAUUAACCUGAUGAUUUCAAGCCAGGCCAGCGUGCAGAGUGCUGUGCGCCUAGAGCUGCUCCUGGCAAAGGAGAAACAGAGGAUUAAUGCAGACAGCCUGGACCAGCUACAGAGACGGAGAGUAGAGGAAAUUCUCGAGGAUGAAAAGGGCCUAACCAUAAACAGAAGAUAAGUGGAGGCAUAAAGGGAACUAUAUCCACAUUUCCAAUCAAUGCCAUUAAAAUUGUGAAAUACAGAAACAAUAUUAUCUAUGCAUUCCCUGAUUCCAUUUUUAUAAUAGAUGGCAGAAACAUGCAUUAAUAUUUUAGUAUGUGUGAAUACUGCUGAUGGACUGCAUAAACACUGUAAACCAAUGCAAUUGCUCCUGUUCUCUGCAUCACAACUUUAUUGAAAAAUACAGUUAUGUACUCAAGUGGUAUGUAACAUGAUAUCACAGUAGGUAAUUAUGUUCUAAACUGGGUUCAGAAAAACAGGAAUGUUGUGAUUAUACUGUAAUUUGAUGUCCGAUUAAAUGUUGAACAAUAUGC